AUGGGGAAACAGCUGUACUUUUUUGUCGCGAUUAGCGUGUUAUUGUUCGUCGAAAUCGCGGAAAAUGCCCCGUUAGAAGGCGCCAAUCAAGUGGGAAACGACAGCGAGGCCAAGUCCGCUUUCGGGCAACCGUUCGACGAGAUCGUCGUGGACACGUCGCUGAUCGUCAAGAAAAAGAACCCGAAUCGACAGUCGAGGAAUAAAAGCAACGCCACCGAGCCGAUUACGGCGUCCCGAUUGAGAUUCCAGCAAUAA